GUACAAUUGCCACAUUUCCUGUUCAGACUUGAUUGCCCACCCUCCCAUGGACUCUGCCUCCUCUGGCCUGGAGAUGCCCUGGCAGAGUCCAGGGUUCCCGGAGUAGCUCCGGAGCUGAGCCGGCAGCGGGACCACUGGAGCCGACCCACAGAAUGAAACAUGGAUUCUGGGGACCUGACCUUAGCUCUCAGGCCGGGCUCUGGCUCGAGCAGCCCGCGGGUCCCAGGGGCUCUGGGGCCAGGGAGGGAGCUGCCCGAGUGUGAACGCCUACGGAGCAGAAGGCCAAGUGGAAGGAAAAGAAAGAACUGGUCCUGCUCGCUCAUCGUGGCCUCCCUGGUGGGCGCCUUCGGCUCCUCCUUCCUGUACGGGUACAGCCUGUCGGUGGUGAACGCCCCCGCGCCGUACAUCAAAGCCUUUUACAACGAAUCCUGGGAAAGAAGGCAUGGGCACCCAGCAGACUCCAACACUCUGACCCUGCUCUGGUCCGUGACGGUGUCCAUAUUCGCCAUCGGUGGACUCGUGGGGACAUUGAUGGUGAAGCCGAUUGGCAAGGUUCUUGGGAGGAAGUACACUUUGCUGGUCAACAAUGCGUUUGCAAUUUCCGCAGCACUGCUGAUGGCUUCUUCUCUCCUGGCUGGAGCCUUUGAAAUGCUCAUCCUGGGACGCUUCCUCAUGGGCGUGGAUGGAGGCAUUGCCCUCAGUGCACUCCCCAUGUACCUGAGUGAGAUCUCACCCAAGGAGAUCCGCGGCUCUCUGGGGCAGGUGACUGCCAUCUUCAUCUGCAUUGGCGUGUUCGCUGGGCAGCUGCUGGGCCUGCCUGAGCUGCUGGGAAAGGAGGCCCUGUGGCCAUACCUGUUUGGAGUGAUUGUCGUCCCUGCCUUCAUCCAGCUGGUGAGCCUGCCCUUUCUCCCGGAGAGCCCACGCUACCUGCUCUUUGAGAAGCACGACGAGGUGGGAGCUGUGAAAGCCUUCCAGACGUUCCUAGGCAAAGCAAACGUCUCCCAGGAAGUGGAGGAGGUCCUGGCAGAGAGCCGCACCUGGAGGAGCGUGCGCCUGACGUCCGUCCUGGAGCUGCUGAGGACGCCGUCUGUCCGCUGGCAGGUCAUCACCAUCAUCAUCACCAUGGCCUGCUACCAGCUCUGCGGCCUCAAUGCGAUUUGGUUCUAUACAAACAGCAUCUUUGGGGAAGCUGGGAUCCCUCCAGAAAAGAUCCCGUACAUCACGCUGAGCACGGGCGGCAUCGAGACCCUGGCUGCUGUCUUCUCUGGCUUGGUCAUCGAGCGCCUGGGACGGAGACCCCUCCUCAUUGGCGGCUUCGGGCUGAUGGCUCUCUUCUUUGGGGUCCUCACGGUCACACUGACGCUGCAGGACCAUGCCUCCUGGAUCCCUUACCUGAGCAUCGUGUGCAUCCUCGCCAUCAUUGCCGCCUUCUGCAGCGGCCCAGGUGGCAUCCCGUUCAUCUUGACCGGUGAAGUCUUCCAGCAGUCACAGCGGCCAGCAGCCUUCCUUGUCGCCGGCACGGUCAACUGGCUCUCCAACUUUGCUGUCGGGCUCCUCUUCCCCUUCCUUCAGAAAAGCCUGGACACCUACUGUUUCCUGGUGUUUGCGGCAAUCUGCAUCACGGGUGCUAUCUAUCUCUAUUUUGUCCUGCCAGAGACCAAAAACAGAACCCACGCAGAAAUCAGCCAGGCAUUUGCCAAAAGGAGCAAGGCAUACCCACCAGAGGAGAAAACUGACUCUGUUGUAAUUGAUGACAAGACAAAUGGAAGACCUGAAUCAGGUUCCUCCUCCACAAUGGACAAUCACAUCAAAAACAGGAUCGUCUAAGUGGAUGAUCUUUCCAUUUCAAGAAACCAAGGGUUUCCCCAUUUUUGGAGAACUCAAACUGAUUGAAGCCAUGCCAGCCUUAAAUUAUUGAGUAUAUAAAAAUAAACCUAUGCAUGGUAAUCUAACAUCACAACCAUUUGAAGAUUAUUCACAGCCGAAUCCCGCAAACUCUUCUGGAAGCUGGAAAGUGUCAUCCUGUUUCAGUAGACCCAACAUUCUUCUACAUAGAUUGAUUACUCAUGUGCAGAGUUGUUUUUCAGUUACUGAAAGAUAACUGGAAGUGGUGAGUCAGAGAGAAAGAUAUUUCCAUGAGCCUGGCCCCACAGGCUCCAUGCUUUACUGAAAGGUGUUAACUUUAUUCAAAUUAAUAGGCCUUCUUCAUCACUUAACCCCUGGUUUCAGAAUGGGGUGGCUCUACCAUAAGUAGCCUUGAGCUGCCCUCAGUCCAGCUCCUGAAGCCUCAGUGGAUCCUUGGCUUUGGAACUGAACGACAGCUUUCAGAAUUCAGUGGAUAGACUCUUUGUACCGCCUCAUAAAUUGUUAUCAAUCUUUUGCUCAGCCUUGUGGAUCUCAGGCUUGGGAAGGCCUGAUACCGACUCAGCAGCCUCCAGGCUCUACCCUUCCCAGGCUGUGUCCUGUGGGGCUCAAAACUUUCAGCUCUGAAGCUGUCUUCACCUAAGAGGAUUAGACUUCUGUGUGCUCACAGAGGACAUAAAGAGGAUCAAUAUGGGGAAGACCUAGAGAGGCAGCCAUAUGAAAUAAUUUUCCAGUAACUGGGGUUGGGACAGCAAAUUGAAUGCUGUUCAAAACAAUGUUGAGACCGACUCUGAGGCUAAGCCUGGGUUUGGUGGGAAAGAACUCUGUGACUGAUUGGCAAUGUCUGCCACAGGUCCAGUUAGGAGUGCAUCAGCACAUGUAUCCCAUGUUUGCUAACCUAGAAGAGAUUUGUCUGAAAAUGUAAUAAGCAGCCUUGUAAAAUCUUGAGUUCAUCAUCACUCAAAAUGUCCAAGAAAGGGCUGAAUGGUUGUUUGCCUUGAGUGUUGUUUAGGAAACCCAAGUGUCAAUUUUGGAGGAGAAUAAUAGAUAAUAUUUAAGAUCUCUCCAAUCUUAACAUGCUAGGGUUGUUUAGGUUAGAUCAACUUGGAUCCUGCCAUCGUAAUGUAUGUCUUGUGGUUGGGUGAUUCCCUGUGCCUGCCUCCAGAAUGAAACAAACUCACAGUGCCCAUCAGUAAAUGAAAGUGCACCUGAAUUCGCACCAAAGUGUUUGAAUUUAAUAUGCCACAGCAGAAGGAAUGGAACUAGAAAGGGAAGGCUCUGGACCUAGCAGCACCAUUGGAACUCUUCCAAUCAUACAUUCUUCAGUCUUCUGGGAUUGUUCUUGAUAAAGGCAGCUUUAGCCAGAACUUGAGUUCUGAUUUUCCCUCCUUGCUGAAAUUAUUUUUCAUCAUUGGACCUCUCCUUUUGUUCGUUGCCGACUCAUACAUCAUAUCAACCAGCUCUGGUUUGGCUGGAUAAUUUGGACAGGUUUGUCAACGUGGAGAGAAAGUGAUAUGAGGGAAAAAAAAUUGCCAGAGACCAAAAGAACAAAAUAAGUGUAAAAUAAAAAUCUGAUUUUUUAA